UUGGCUGUAGAUGCAGAACUAGGAUGAGAAACCAAUAGGAGUGGGCGACCGUGCAGCGUAGCCAACGCCUGGUCGACCAAUUGUGUGACGAAAAAAACUCUAGCACCAAAUUUGUAUUUUUGUACACGAGCUGCUUCUUCUCCUGGGUCUGGUAAAAUUAACAAAGAUGAUGGAUGCACUGUCGGUGGUGAGUCAGCUGCGGGACCUGGCGUCUGAGCCGCAGAACCGAGAGGUGAUAGUUCAAGACCAGGGCUGUCUCCCCGGGCUGGUUCUCUUCCUGGACCACCAGAACCCAGAAGUGCUACUUGCAACUCUUCAGACUCUGCGCUACUUAGCUGAGUUGUCCCCCAACAUCCCCACCAUGAAGAAUGAACUGGGUAUGAUGGUGAGCUUGGAGAAUCUAAUUGGGAGGGAGGGCCUGUCUGUUGACAUCACAGCCUUGGCCCAGGAGGUGUUUGACAUUCUGAGUGCACCUGCUAAUCCUGUGCCACACACACUUGAGAGGGAGAGGACAAAGAAAUCCCAGUUCUUUAUCAACUCUUCCAACAAGAAGGCCAAGUCUGUCACUCUGCACAUCCAGGGGCUGGACAGCACUGACCAUCGAGGCUUGUGUGAGGAGGCUCUUCUGAAGGUCAGAGGAGUGAUCAGCUUCACCUUCCAGAUGGCUUCCAAGAGAUGCACCAUCCGCAUCCGUUCCGACCUGCCCACUGAGAGUCUGGCAUCGGCCAUCGCUGCCACUAAGGUGUUGUCAGCCCAACAAGUGGUGAAGAAUGACGCAGGAGAAGAGGUUUUUAUCCCUCUGAACCCAUCUGGAGUAAAAGUUCAGCAAAACUCUGCUCUACCAGACUACCUUCCGGAGGAGGAGGAGAGCCCAGAGAGGGAGGUCGACCGAGCAAUUUCCCGCACCGCAGCUAAGGAAGAUUCUAGUGGAAGCUGGCUCAACACUGCCGCCAGUUUCCUCACCAAAACAUUCUACUGGUGAAACUGGUGCAGUUUGAUUCCCUGAGGAUCCAGUGACGCAAAGUUGUUCUGAAAGACUUUUCCCUACUGGAGUGGACAUUGUGUGCAUGGUCUGACCUUCACCAACUUGCCAACUCUUGUGAAAAACUACAAGUGCUUCAAAACCAUUUCUUGUUUUAGCUCUAUUCUGCUCACUUAGUAGAAUGGAAGCACACACACACUUGAAAAAUAUCUUUCAUCUCUGGACUUACAUGAUGCUGUUUUCUAUCCAGUAUUGUCACUAAAUGUAAAUAUUUUCUGAUGGUCUUUCCAAACUAAAAAAAUAAAUUUAAGAGAUUUUUGCUACUUUUCUAUUCAUUUGGAAAUAUUUUUUUCUGUGUAUCCUGCUGUUUGUUGGUAGUUGUAUUGGUUUAUGCUGAAAUAAAUCUACAAAAUAUUACAUGUUUUCAAUA